AGAAGAAAAAACGCAACAAGAGAGUCAACCAGCACCUUAAAAAACUGGUUGAAUGAACACAUCAGGAACCCCUACCCAAGCAAAGGGGAGAAGAUAAUGCUGGCCAUUAUCACAAAGAUGACCCUGACACAGGUAUCCACGUGGUUCGCGAACGCACGCAGGCGAUUGAAGAAGGAGAAGAAAGUCUACUGGCUUCCCAGAAACAGA